AUAACAUUUAUUAUAUUAUGGUUUAAAUUAGAAAAAGGUCCAUGACCCUUGAGAUGAAAAUCAUCGAGGGAGCCAAGGUUGUUGUCUCGUGGUUGUUGAGAUGGGUACGAACUAUGAACCCAUAUUGGAAAAGAAUUACUGGGCUUUUCUCAAUCAUAAGAAUUGGAGCCCAAUCUCCUUCUAAGUCCAAGUAGCCUCAACAUGGGCACUUAGGCGCUACUGGUGCAGAUAAUUAUAGAAACCAUAACCAGAAGAAAACAAAAAUGGAUAAGCCGCAACGCCGGCGCCCUCUCCCACCUCUCAAGCUCUCACUUUAGAAAGCCUAUCUCAAGGUGACCUCUCUCUCUCUCUCAACUUCUAGAAGGAACCCCAUUUGAAUGCUUAUUACUUUUCUGCGAAAGAAAGGCGGGUUCUCUCCACACAACUCUGUUGUAGGUAAAGUAUGGAUAUGAUAAUACACACAAGUCAUGCCCAUGAAGGGUUUUGUUCAUUUCGAUACAUUCACAGAGAGGGUUUAAGAAAUACUAAGUUUUUGGAAGCUAGGGUUAAGGCUAAAGCUGUUGCGAAUUUUAUUUCUUUAAAGGCUUUUGUGGGCUGCAAACCCGUGGGGUUCCAAAAGCGAAGGCAAUGUAGGGUCCUUGCUGUUUCAAAGGUCGAAAGUGCUGGUGUUAAUGGUAGGUUGCAAAAUUUUGAAAGUUCCCUACAAGGGGAUUUUGGAAAUGAUCAUGUUUCGUCACGUCCGUCUGGUUCCUUUCACAAUUUUGAAGAAUCUGAUAGCAAUAAUAAUCAACUCUGUAAAUUUGUUAGAAAUGUUAAACUGGAAGAAGGGUUUAAGCUUCUUGAGGGCAUGGUUUAUCAUGGCGAGAUUCCUGAUAUUAUAGCGUGUACAAGUUUAAUUCGUGAAUUUUGUAAGAAAGGCAAGACUAGGAAGGCUACACGGGUUAUGGAGAUUUUAGAAGAUUCAGGGGCAGUUCCUGAUGUUAUAGCUUAUAAUGUGUUAAUUAGUGGGUAUUGCAGGGCAGGGGAGAUUGAAAAUGCUUUACAAGUUUUGGAUCGAAUGAGUGUUGCUCCAGAUGUUGUUACAUAUAAUACAAUUUUGCGUAGCUUGUGUGAUAGUGGAAAGUUGAAGCAAGCGAUGGAAGUUUUGGAUCGACAAUUAAAGAGAGAAUGUUAUCCAGAUGUGAUCACAUAUACAAUUUUGAUCGAAGCAACUUGCAAGGAAAGUGGUGUUGCACAAGCUAUGAAGCUCUUGGAUGAGAUGAGGAGUAGAGGAUGUAAACCAGAUUUGGUUACUUAUAAUGUUCUUGUCAAUGGGAUUUGUAAGGAGGGGAGAUUGGAUGAAGCAAUCAAGUUCUUGAAUAGCAUGCCAUCAUUUGGAUGCCAACCCAAUGUGAUUACUUAUAAUAUUAUUUUGCGUAGCAUGUGUAGCACUGGCAGGUGGAUGGAUGCUGAGAGAUUGUUAUCUGAUAUGCUUCGCAAAGGCUGUUCUCCUAGUGUUGUUACUUUCAAUAUCCUGAUUAAUUUCUUAUGCCGAAAGGGUUUACUAGGCCGAGCAAUUGACAUAUUGGAGAAGAUGCCCAAGCAUGGUUGUACUCCUAAUUCCUUAAGUUAUAAUCCUUUGCUUCAUGGGUUCUGUAAAGAAAAGAAGAUGGAAGGAGCAAUUGAGUAUUUGGAGAUAAUGGUGUCUAGAGGUUGCUACCCUGACAUUGUGACCUAUAACACUUUGCUCACAGGAUUAUGCAAAGAUGGGAAGGUUGAUUUGGCAGUUGAGAUUCUCAAUCAUCUAAGUGCCAAGGGUUGCUCGCCUGUAUUAAUCACUUACAAUACUGUGAUUGAUAGGCUCUCAAAGGUAGGGAAAACAGAUCAAGCUAUUAAACUUUUGGAUGAGAUGCGUGCAAAGGGUCUAAAGCCUGAUACAAUUGCAUACUCUUCACUUGUUGGAGGACUUAGUAGGGCAGGAAAGGUUGAUGAUGCCAUAAAGAUUUUUCAUGACUUUGAGAGAAUGGGUAUUAAGCCAAAUGUCAUAACCUAUAACUCUAUCAUGUUGGGCCUUUGUAAGGCUCGGCAGACUGAUCAUGCAAUUGACUUUUUGGCUUACACGGUGAUGAGGGGAUGUAAACCUACGGAAUCUACAUACACCAUUCUCAUUGAGGGCAUAGCUUAUGAAGGCUUGGCUAACGAUGCAUUGGAGUUACUAAAUGAGUUGUGUUCUAGAGGAGUUGUGAAGAAAAGUUCAGCAGAACAGGUAGCCGUCAAGAUGUAGGCUGUGGUGCAUGAUUUAUUUAGUUCUCCCUUGGGUUGCUACUGGUAACUCUUGCAGCUUUAUACCACUUGACUCAUUUCUGCAAACUAGGAGACUACAGUUUAUUAUCUUUCUCCUCACCCUUGAGUGAUAUCCAAGUCCGAUUUUGGUAGAAUGCCAUGUAGCUUUACCCUUUUGCCUGUUGGAGUUCUACUUUUGUAUCACCCCUUUUGGUAUUGGAUUAUACUUUCUACCUGUCGUGAACAUUUAUUUAUAUCCUUUCUUUAAGCUUAUAGAUGCUUUUCUGCUUUCAAGUUUGCCUUGUUCUGUUAGCUUGCAGCCGAUGUGGUAGUUAUGUCUUUUGCUAAAUAUAAUCUGUUAGUUUCUUUGUUAAAAGGUUCUUUAUGGAUAUAUUAUAUUUCAUUGCUUCAUCAUGAAAUUACAUCACUAUUUACGCCAUGUUCGGUGGCAUAGUCAAGUGUGGUGGGAAUUCAUUCUCAUUGCACCGGAUCUCUGUUUGGGGCCAAAACGCCACUGUUACUUCCCACUGUACUGGACUGUGCCACCAGACGGGGCCUUAGUAUAAGAAAUCUUCCAGAUGCUUUCUUCCCCUUUACUCGUGAUGGGACAUUUAAUCUGCAUGGGUCAAAGCUGGAAUGAUUGGAGCUAUGAAUUUGUGAUGUUUUUCCUGACAAAUUUGGGGAUUUUUUGCACUCUGCAACAUGUAAAUACUGGACAAAUAUUUAUAAAUUGUGCUUUACUAGGCAUUUAAGGAGAAGAAAUGAUGUCCUCUCCUUUCUCUUCUAUUUUAUUCCCUUACGACUAUGUGAUUGAUGUAGAAAAAUGUUGUUAAAGUGUUAUGCUAAAAUCUACAUGCCUU